CUUUUCUUUAGUCCUUCGAAAAAAUUAUUAUUAAGUUGCCACUGCCCUGCUCAUCACUUAACAAACUUACUGCUGCCUUAACCUUACAUUUCCUUACUUUACCUUCCCCUUCCUUACCUUACCUUUCCUUUCCCUACCUUCGUUUCUUUGUUAUCUUACCUUUCCUUACCUUUCCUUUCCUUUCCUUUCCUUUCCCUACCUUCGUUUCUUUGUUACCUUACUUUACCUUUCUUUACCAUACCUUUCUUUACCUAGCCUUACCUCACCUUACCUUACCUUCCUUACCUUACCUUACCUUACCUUACCUUACCUUAACUUUUCAAAAUUCUGUCACUUCUUUUUAUAUUCUGCUGAAUAUUUUUGCUUUCUGGGUUAACCUAGUUCAGAUUUCCCUACUUUAGGAAUUUGCUUUGCUAGAAUCUUUCAUUGAUCCCUUUCUUUGAUGUAAUAACAUUGACAACACUAUAAAACACUCAAAGCUUUUCAUUGACUAUCUGAUAUGAAGAAGUUAUAAAUCGUUUCCUGCCUUCCUGACGGUAGUCUUUUCUUUCUUUAUAUAAAGUCGGUACAAUGUCCAGCUUCAAUAGAGGUAUUUCACUCCGACUGAUUUAAAUUACCAUCGCACAAUAUAAAUCAAACAUAACCAAUGUUGCAUUUGUAUUUCUUGGAAAGGUCACACGUACAACUGAACGAUGAAAAUUCAGAAAGAAUUUUCUUCAAUAAUUGUAAAGAUAAGGAGCAUCUUAUUUCGUAGUCGGAUGAGUUCGAUAUUUUCCAACAUCUAUAUGACACGGUUUUAGAUCCAUAUAUUUUGCAAUGUUGCUCUGUGGUUUUAAAUUUGUUGAGAUCUUCAGAAGUCUUAUUAAUUAGUGUCAAAUCAGGAACGUGCAUGCCAUUUUAUUAAACAUUUAUCGAAAGAAGAAGCUACACUAUUGAUAGUAAAACACGUCUUCAGUAAAGCAAUUAAUGUGAGAGGGUACACAUUAAAGGGGAACAAUUCGAGUACACAUAAGUACUGCUGCCUUGGGAAUGACUUCAAUUUUUGAGUGCAAUAUUGUGCUUUUAUAUCUUGGUCACGAUGGUUCCAGAAAAAGAUGCAGAUACCUUUUACUGCCGAUUCUGUUUUUGUUGAAAAAUCCUCGGCCGGUGGUUGGUUAAGGCUUUUGAGGCUGUCUCGUCAGCCUUACCUCAUAGCAGUGCAUCUUCUCCAGAUAGGCCCACAGGAUCCCGAAGGAAAAUGACAUAACGGGUACAUGUCCUCUAACCAUUAAGAAAUUAGGCUUUUGAGUCAAAGGUAUUCCUCAUUAACGUUGAGUCCCGUUGAGCCCCCCUAGCUCUACACCCCUGGGUGAAUGAUAGAUACGUCCUUUAUUUGCCGACAGGUUUGAAUAUUCACCAACAAAGCAACCCUAGAUAGCAUAAAUUCCUCGUUUUUAAGAUUGAAUUUUGUUCACAAUUACAUUUUACAGUGCCUAAGCCUCGGCUUGUUCUUAAUUUUCUCUCCAAUUGUGACUAAAUUUUUAGGCUUGUGUCCUUAUAAAAUUGUUUAUAUAAAAGAGGAUAUGUGUUAUUAUGGCUCCUUGUCAUCUGGUUGCAAACGAGGCAGAAGAAGCGGGAACAUGAUAAUGGCCUAAAAGUUGCUAGUCCAUAGAGAUGGAAAAUGCUUCAAAAUGUGACAAAAAGAGCAUUCUGUUUCUUGAAGCAUUUCAUGGUGGAUCUCAUAAACAGUUAAUUGAUCUUCUUGAAAAUAAUUUUUGUGAUAAAUGUGAUGUUUUUUGCAUGAGCGACAAGAAAUGGCACUGGCGGAUGAGAACUGGCAGCUUGUAUUUCGCAAGAACUAUUCCUCGAGAACAUUCCUACAGGUAUUUAUUUACAAGUGCUAACUUCAACCUUGCAGAGCUGAUUGGACUGAGACCCGAUUUGCAAAAGCUUGAAAAGAUUUUGUACUUUCAUGAAAACCAGCUUGUGUAUCCAGUUCGAAAACAACAGAACAGAGACUUUCAAUAUGGUUACAAUCAAGUUUUGUCUUGCUUGGCUGCAGAUGUUAUUUAUUUCAACUCAGUAUUCAACAAGGAAUCAUUUUUAUCAUCCCUCAAAUCAUAUUUCAACUUGAUGCCUGACUACAAACCAGACGAAAAAUUAUUGCAAGAGAUACAACCAAAAUGCCAUGUGUUGCAUUUUCCAAUCAGUUUUCCAGAGAUCACUUUAGAGCCGGCCAAUGCAGAUAUGUCUGCAGACAAACCAUUGCAUAUUGUCUGGGCACAUAGAUGGGAACAUGACAAAAAUCCAGAUACUUUCUUUGAUAUUUUGUAUGCAUUAAAAGAUGAGGAGCUAGAUUUCCAAAUAUCUGUUAUGGGGCAAGGCUAUGCUGAUGUUCCAGAGGUAUUUGCAAAGGCAAGAGAAGACUUUAAGGAGAGGAUAGUCACUUGGGGUUACUUAGAGUCAAAAGAAGAAUUUUUGAAAACUCUGAGUCAUGCAGAUGUUGCUGUUUCGACAGCUCUGCACGAGUUCUUUGGAGUCUCAAUGCUAGAAGCUGUUUCUUGUGGCUGCUAUCCAUUGUGUCCAAAAAGAUUGGUUUAUCCAGAAAUAUUUCCUGAUGAAUACUUAUACAAUACAAAAAAUCAGUUGCUUAAAAGACUACGUCAGUUUUGCAAGAGACCUGAAACUCCACGCAGACACAAAGUCAAGGUCAACCUUGAAAAGUAUAGCUGGAACCACUUACGGCAGAGUUACGAGGAGCUUUUCAAAGACUGACAUCGUAACUGUAGUUCGAGGGGUAUGCAAGUUCGUAUCUAUUCGACCGUGUAUAGGACGGCUCUGAGUCACAGCACCUUAAUGUAAUCAUCAGGCAAAGACCUUUACGACAUUAAACACUAUAUGACAGAUCGAUAAAGCAAUGAAUUUUUUUUCUUCCUACAGUUAGUAUGUUUUGACCGUCAUUUGCAUUUUGCCCGUCAGGUCCAAAACGAUUAGUUCGAAUCAAAACACAGUUUUCGAAUAGCUAUGAUAGAAAGCAUUUUAAGAAUUGUUUAAGUCUCAAGUUUCGCUGUCAACUGGUCCAGAGUUUGAACUGGCACUUUAAAAGUGAUUUGAAAAAUUCAAUAUUCUAUAUCUAAAGAAGAAAUCCUCCUGUAUUUUUUUCUAGCGUUUCAUGAAUAUUUAGUUAACAGAGAAAAACAGAGUCCACUUAUCUGUUAGAAUCAUUUUUGGGAUUUAAAGAUCCAUCAAGGAGAACUUGUACAGUUUUGAAGAAAGAUGGGCGAGGGGAAUGCAAGUUUUUUCUAAUAUUUCAAUAGACUAGGUACUUUAACUGCCUCUCAGUUUUAUUUGAAAGCGUUCGUGAUACGAAAUCAUGCCGUCGUGAAACUGAUAUUCAAAGAAGAACUUUAAAGUUCAGAUGCCUGUCCCGAAACAUGUCUAGACGUCCCAAACAUAUUUUAUGCCUCUCGCCAUUUUUGGAAAAGUCUCCACCACGAGUGAUAAAAAUUCAAUAAUUUUCGAGUCACGCUUAGAUGUCCAGUGCUGAAUGAUUCACGACCUCGUUUAUGUGGAGAGCCUUCAUCCCAUUCGAUUGAGUUAGCCUCAAAUCCAAAACCAAAGGAAGCGCUGUGUACAUGUUUUUAUCCCAAUCUUGUUCAUAUUUUAUGUAGAUAUAACUAUCCAACCUGAUUGGAAUCCAAACAGCUCAGCAGUGGGAUCUCACAUCGGUGGGUCAGCCCACUCGUCGUAUCAACAGAGUCUAAGUUUCACAUGGCAAUUACUUUGUGAGCUUGAUCUCUUCUGAGCUGACCAUUUCACCGCAGUUGGACAUCCCACUUCAUACAUAUGAAACUAAAAUGUUGCUUUUCCAAAUUUCUUCUAGUUGGCUUACGUUUUAUUUGCUUCCUAACACGUAUAUUUUCUGCCUUUGUCAUGGAACUUUCCACCAGAAGGCACCCAUAAUCUUUCCCUGUCUUGAUUUGAGGUACAACCUGGUGCUAGCGAUUCUCUUUUCUCUGUCAUAUUUUUUUAUAUUUUGCCUUUGCUCAAAUCAUGUUUAUUGCCCAUUUUAAUCAUUUUUUGCUCGCUUGACUUAAAAUGUAUGAUAUAAAUAUGAAGUGAAAAAUAAAUCAAAAUACGAAGAAAUGACUACUUAGUUCUGCGGAAAAUCACUUAAAGAAUACUCUUGAUACAUCCUACCACACCAAAUGCUCGGCUAAUUUACGCCAUGCGUCCCACUAUCUCCCCUUUCAGGAGCUGUUGCAAAGGCCUUGUGUUUGGUCAUUAUAAAGUUGAUCAUUCGAAAACCAGACUAAACCUGUUCGUUGGAUAACUGUGUGCCGAACUGCAGCCCCAGUAAUUGGCUGUUUUGCUGUAAAUUGAAGUAAACGUGUAACGGAGGCAGUCCUUCACAGCAAGAAUAAACGUUUGCGUUGGUUCUUAGUAGGCGAUCGUUGUCUGCUAUAAAUCGGCUGAUGGCUUCGAAAAAGAAACAUAUGGUGGGAUCGCUUGUUGAGGGAAAUGCGUAGGCAAGCCAUUUUUAAUUGAUGAUCUGGAUUUUAAAAAGAUUUUUGAAAGCAUAGGACAGCCUAAAUAAAGUGCCAAAAAAUUUCGAAGGUUAUACUCUUUCCAUCAUGGUUAUAAAUUAAACAUUUCUUGAUAGAUGUAGCUAUCAGUAAGUAGAAAUGCUGAUACGGAUAUAGUAAUGUACUUCUGCCGAGGUUUUAUAUUUAUUUCGUUAUUUUAGUGUAUGUAUUAGUGUAUUAUUAAUGUUUAUACCAAUGCCUAGAGUAUAAAUACUACAAACGCCUACCAGAAGAGUAUUCGACGUAUCGUGACGUACCUUAACACUAACCCUAACUCUAACUCUACAGCCCUUGCGGUAUUCCUUAAGGCGGUAUAAUUCUACGAUGCUGUGGUAAAAUCUUGCUAAGCAAUUCUAUUGCAUUUUUGCAAAUUACUAGCAAUUCGGCGUAACUGCCUUACAACUUAACCGUGGUUAUCUUCUAUUCAGAAAGCAGUUCACUGUUUUAGGCAAAUUGAUUAAUUAGGUCUCACAAGUGUUUGAUAUGGGUCUACUUCUUUUAAUGAAUUUGCUGCAUUCUAAAGAUAUGCUUAUGACCAAACAACGAACGCAAAAACUGAGCUCUGAUAAAUUUGCGGGAGGGAAAUCGAAGAUUGUUUCACCUAUUGGGAUUCGAGAACAAAAACUUCGAUAAAUUUGGAAACUAUGCUGCAGUGUCUAAGGAUAUGGCAAAAUCUAUAGUUUUAAGUUAUCAACCAGGAUUGAAAAUGUUGUGACUUUUAUGUUACAUAGAUGCUUUAAAGGAAAAUGUCUUUUUGUUUAUACAUAAGUUGAGCCCCUGCAGGAAAAUGAACAGAUUUUGCAAACUUUGUUAAUGCUGCUAUUUGAUUCAGCAUGGGUCUUUGAGCACCAGGAUUUUUAGUAUUUUUAGUAUUAUAAGUCUCUUUUCCAAUGAUUAUCAAUUUACUAAUAAAAAAGUGCCAUGGGUUAUUUGAAUUGGGUUCUUCAUGGCAGAUGCUAAACUGGAUCCAGUCGGCACUAGCUUUACAAAAUUUGAGCUACAAGAAAUCAUAUCAACCUAAUUCAUUAAGAACACGCAAAAAGCCAACUUUUUGUCAUUGUCAAUACAAUUUCAGUUGGAAAUGGCGAAGGUCAGAAGUGAUUUGAGCUGAGGAUUUCAAUACUCGUGUCACGAGCCAAGUGUUUAAAUUGCUUUAACACAUAUCCAGGUUUUUUGUAAUAAAAACCUCAAGCACGUAUUUGAUGUUAAUUUUGCUGCAAAAAUGAGUUUUCAAGGGCCUUGAAAAUAGAUAUUUUUUAAAAUUGUAUCUCUUAUCAAUAAUUUAUAAGCUGCAAAAGUCUUUCUUUUACGAGUGGAUAGUCUCCUAAAUCUUGUCUUUAAGUUCUGCAUCGUACUUUUUGUAAAUUUGAGUUAAUUCUUUAACAUUAUGCUUUUUCGCUUCCCUCGAUUUGUCAACUUCCGUUAAUUGGAGCAUUUGCUUCUAUCGUCGUACCACAGAAUACGAAUUAUGUGGUCACAACUUGGUACUUCGAUUGCAAAAAAGCCAGAAUGCCAGUAUCUGAGGUAUUUCGGUUACUACUCUGUGACUGAUAUCUAUUUAGUCAGAAACUACAAGGAUAUUCAUAAUUUGGCUUACAGUUAUGCAAUCUAUUAUUUAGACACCGCUGUUGGAUUUUUUUCAGAACUUCGAAUCAGCUGUUGGAUAUCAUUCCAAUUAGCACAUUUUGUUCAAAUUUUGUACACAAGACAUGUUGCUAAACAUGAGGUAUUUAGUUGAAUUGAUGUUAAUGGUUAAUUGUAUCAUUAAGGCUAUACUCGCAUUGCUCCGUAUUCAUUUUUAUCCGUUUUCCUAUCGAUCCGUUUUAUCUGUUCACACUGAUCCGGAUACAUUUGAAAACGGUAUGAAAACGAUGAAGCGUUCACAUUGCUCCGCUCUGGAUAAAAAGGAAAACGCCGCGAACUGGUUUACAGACCUCGCGACUGCUAAUAAACUUUUCAAACAGCUCACUGCCACUAAUAUUCCUCCGAGUAGUAUACUAACUUCGAGUGAAUCAGCCAUGUUAAGAAAAGUUGUUCAAAUUGGCGCGGUCUAAGAAUAUUGCUGUAUUGUUGUUGUUGUUAGCGUUUUCAAAAGUAUCCGUUUUCGGUGUUCACACUGCGUAUUGCGUUUUCAAAAGUAUCCGUUUUCAAGGUGGAGCAGUGUGAACGCAAGGCACAAAAGGAUACUUUUUUAUCCGUUUUCAUAUGAAUACGGAGCAGUGUGAACGGGGUCUAAGAUAGAAGUUGACCUGGUUGCGGUUGACACUUAGGUCGUUGCCUCUACAACUGGCCUAUUCUAAAGUUCCAUUUUAUGUUUUGCGGAAUUGGUGAAAGUGAUUGGAUGAGAAAAAGUAUGUUCCAGUUCAAUGGACUUUCUAUGUGGCCUCGAUUUUGUUAGCCCAUUAUGCAUUGUGUUACCACUGAUCCCAAGAACGAAUGAAUCGAGCUAAAAGUCAGCACGUUGUUUCCAGCUUCUAUCGUUCAUGUUGGGAUCUCCUUCUGCUUGGAGCGUGCUGCUAGAGGGCAAAUGCCACGAAUAGCAAAAUGGAAGAGUUCAACGAAAUGAACUUAAGUUUUGUGGAAUUGAACUUUGUCUUGAAAAAAGAAUAUAUUUUUUUCGGAAGUUUUCACAGCCAAGAUUAUUAAACAACGUCUCCCAAAUCUUUAGUUGAACUAUAUUUUGUUGUUACUUGAAAAUAUUGUUGCCUACCAAAAAAUUGGGACGAGGAAUGGUCCUUCGUACCCCCUCCUCCCCAGUUGCACGGACCGUGGGCUCUGCGAACGGCCAGGGUCGUAUGAAACAAAGAAAACUUAAUUGACAUCUAAUAGAGAGUGCGGGACUAAAAUCAGUUCAAUCCAAGCUUUAUCAAAAGUAAAUUGCUUGUUUUCUACCUAAGCAAGGUAAUCAUAAACGUCAAUUUCUUCGUCAUCAUUACGGAGAGUGCUGGCGGAUUAUACAAGGAAAUGUUUAUCAUAAUGAAUUUCAGAAAAUAAACAUAAACACAUCACAGGUUGACGCCUGAAAAUAAACACACAGCUAUUGAAAUAUGAAUGUCAAGUCUACUCGAAUACAUCUCUCGUGGCCCUACCUUAUCAAUGAACAUGGAAGCGUGUAUUUGAAAGAUAGGGGUGCACUCAUUUUUCAUUAGAAGAAGCACUCAUUAAAUUUUAAUACUGUUUUAGUGUCCCUCAUUGGAAGGAGAACUGAUGGUAUUCGGAUUUGCACGAUUCAUCGAACCGGUCAACAAUGUUUACAAGAAUAUUUUCUAGAUAGAGAAUUAGGCUUAAGAGGGGUAAAACAUGCGUGGAAAUUUUCUUUUGACUCGAGAAUUAUCGUGCUUGGUUCCUUCAUUAGCAUUAGCUGAUGAAGCUGCCUCGAACUCGGGUUUCUUUUAUUUUGCACCAAAAAACGUAACAUGGUGAAACAUUUUUUGCCCGCGGGCUGCUAUGAUUCGAAUCUCGCGGAUCGUGUGGUCUCAAUUUUCGAUACUCGCCGCAGGCUUCCUUGUGUUAUGCUAAGAAAAUAAGAUGCUCCGUUAUUAAUUUCUCUAGAUCAGAAUGCCACACCCUUUUUCGUUCACUGAAGCCUAUUGAUUUCUUGAAUAAAGUCAAACUAUUUCGAAUGAUCCACAGAAUGGCAAUUGUAGCAGCAUUUUUCAUUUGGUGAUUGGCGUCUUCCCUCCAUUCUUGAUCGCCGCGACCGCUGCACAGAAACCUGACAGAAACUCUAAAGAAAGACUGUUUUGUAUAGAAAAUUCACCUAAUGAUAUUGAAUAGAAACAUUGCAACUGUGAAUGCCUAUAUUUGGGUAGAUCUCGCUUCUGUUUGCGGUUUCCUGCUUGUUCAUGAACCACGCUACUUUUACUGGUAUCACACACGAUAUGAGAUUUUGAUCAUUAUCUUUUGUUGCCCGGAUACUUCAUUUUAUCCAAUAUAAAAU